AUGUGCAAAUUUACCAAUCGUCUGUUUGUGUUUGUUUUAGUACUUUUGGCCCUAACUGAUGUAAUGGCCAAGCCUGCUCGGUCACUCAGUGCUCGUCCGGGGGCCACACGCAGCGAGGGCAGCGAUUUGUUGGACUUCCUGAUGAAUGAUUAUCCAGAUGAGUAUGGCUACAGUCAGGAAGAAAUCCAUUAUGAUCAGCGACAGAAGGGCGAGGAGAACUUACAAUUGCGUUUGGAUGGUUUCUUGAUCGAUCUUCCCGCCUGGGAUGAUUACAGCACGCUCGCAAGCAUGAUGAUGGCCAAUUCCCUACAAAUGGAGCAUUUCAAAGCUCAACCCACACCAGAGACAAACCCCAAUCAGUUGUACCAAACGGAACCUCCAAGUGUUUCGGAGUCGGCCUCGGAAGUACAGAUCAUUAAUAUACCAGCUCCUAAAAAGGAUAUUGAAAGUAGACAACAUGGCACCAUCAAUGAUGAGGUUACUGGCUCAAGACGGACCAAAGCACAUUUGAUGCAACUACUUCAAAUGUUUCGGCGUCCACAACUUGAAAGCGCUAAAUUAGAUUAA